AUGAGUCCCAGCGCAACAACUGUUACUCCUGGAACAGCCACGCCGGCUUCCAUUGAAAUCGAAAACAAACAGCAAUAUGGACAACUCGAUGCCUCCGCAAUGCUCAAGUCUCUGAUUCCGGAGGACGAGCAGCGUCCUGUUCCCGCCCUCGAUGAUCCCGUUCGGUUUGGCCAGAACUGCACGUCGGCUCAUAUGGUUCAAGUUCCCUGGUCAGUCCAGACUGGCUGGGGCACGCCAGUGAUGAUCCCGUAUGGUAAAAUUGCGCUCGAGCCAACGGCAAGUGUGUUGCACUAUGCUACAGAGUCUUUUGAAGGAAUGAAAGCUUACAGGGGCUACGACAACAAACUUCGCCUUUUUCGACCACAGCUCAACUGCGCGCGCAUGGUCAACUCCAACGCUCGCGUCGGUCUCCCCUCGUUCGAUCCGGAACGACUUCUUGAGAUAAUCGCCGCCUACCUAUCCGUUGAAUGCCGCCGUUGGCUGCCGGACCAAGGCUCCAACAUAUACGUCCGCCCAGCGAUGGUCGGCAGUGGUUCAGCUCUAGGCAUCAACCAGCCCCCCGAGGCCCUUUUUUUCCUCUUUGCAGCCCUCUUCCCACAGUCCUCUAGCUUACCGCAUCCCGGUUUCAAGCUGCUCGCCAGCAGUCCAGAGCAUAUUCGUGCAUGGCCUGGUGGCUUUGGGUCUGCCAAGGUAGGUGCAAGUUAUGGUCCAGCGAUGGUGUCUCAUGCUGCAGCUAAGGCUCAUGGGUGUACCCAAACGCUCUGGCUUUUCGGAGAAGACAGACAAGUAACAGAGGCUGGUGCGAGCAACUUCUUUGUGAUAUGGAAGAAUAGAGAUGGCGGGUUGGAGCUCGUAACCAGCUCGCUGGAUACUCAAGUCGUGUUAGACGGUAUCACUAGACGGAGCGUUUUGGAUAUCGCAAGAGAGCGGUUGACGAAGGAGAGCCCCUCUGUUUCUACGAAAUUGGCCUGCUUGUCAGUUGUUGAGCGGCCUUUCACCAUGAGCGAGGUUGUAGAGGCUCACGUUGAGGGAAGGCUUGUUGAGUCGUUUGUUACUGGUACUGCGGUUUUCGUAACUCCAGUAUCAAUGAUUCGCUAUGGAGAAGUAGACGUCACUUUCCCUAUGACAGUCACUGAGGAUGGCAGAAAAGUGCCUGUCUCCAAGUAUUCAUCUGUCAUCAAGUCCUGGCUUGAGGACAUUAUUUACGGGAGGAUUGACCAUGAAUGGGGAUACGUCAUUGAAGAGCAGUAA